UUAGAUAAUCUCAUCGUAUUAGCCUAUUAUAUAUCUGACAGCCAACACCACCAGCACACAUUGAACCUGUCAGAGGCCAUUCAGUAACGCCUCCUUCUCAGACGUCAUCUUUCACGGAAAUCGAAACAAGAAAAUUAGACUGUAACCGCGCCACGUCGUGAAAUUUGGUGCUGCAUUUGUAUGUACAAGCGAUCCCCCACUCACAGUAAAGCCUGCAGUUGGUGGACCUAAUGAAUUACGUUGCAAAACUUAACGAGUAUGGACAAAAGAAUCAUGUAAAUGUGCAAUAUGAAGAAAAGGCUACUCCGGACCAUACUAAAGCGUUUACUGUACGGGCUAUUGUGAACGGCAAGCGGUAUCCAGAGGGAGUUGGGAAAAAUAAGAGAGAAGCCAAGGAAAAUGCUGCCCUUAAGGCCCUGGGAAUGCUGCCGCACAAAGAGAGCAAUGGCUUUAGUUCUUCCCCAGCCAAAAUAGUACAACCCAAUUAUCAGUGCUGGCUCAAUGAACACAGCCAGAAGACCGGGGUGACCUAUAAGCCUAUUGAACGGACAAGAGUGGGCGCAGCCAGUACACCAUUUUGCUGCCAGUAUGUUUCUACUAAUGGGGAAUCAUACCCUGAGGGCUAUGGGGAAUCAAAGCAGAAAGCCAAAGAGGAAGCUGCAAAGCUUGCUUACCUGGCCCUGCGAGUAACAGUCUGUUAUGGUGUAUGUUCUAGGCAAGAUCAGAAGAGGGCAUCCUCUGUGGAAAGCACCCUAAAAGCCAGCGCUGCAGGAGGAAAGCACAGAAGAUCUGCCCCGACCCCAGCCACAGUCUUUUCACACACCUCCAAUGCAGGGGGGAAAGAGUUGAACUUCUUCAACAAACAUAAGGCUGAGCUGGAGACUCGGCUGUCCACCACUUCUGUUCUCAUCCAGCUGGAGGGGUGCGGCAUACUGAAUGCCGUGGAGAGGGAGACAGUGGAGGCUGAAAGAAUUAGUGUCUCUCAGAACCAUGCUCUGAUCGUCAUGCUCAGUAGGAAAGGAGAACGGGCUCAGGAGAAGUUCUAUGAGAUUUUAAAGGAAACUGAUCCCUACCUGGUGAAAGAUCUUGAAAAAGGGGUUUGCACAUCAUAGGAGAAUACUGUAUCUAGAAGAUGUCAGGAAAACAGACACAUUUUAUAACAUGUUGCCUAUGUGUUUUUACCCAUGCCUCUUUUUUAUCUAAAUGAAAUUGAUUAUUUACAAUAAUUGUAUGAAUAUCUUGUGCCUAUGCAGCAUUUUACUCAACUCUUUGAUUUUCUGUAUUGGGAUACUUCAAUAAUUAUGUCAAUGUUAUUUUCAAUAAAUGUGGAGGAAAUAUGAAUGGA